UGUGAAUUUCAUAAUUAUGAGUUUUGCAAGAUAUUAAUUACGGACUACUUCAUAUUUUCAUAAAAUUGUUUAUCGUUUCAACUUUGAAUGUUAUUUUCAUUUAUCAGUUGAGGGAAAAUUUAUCAUAAACGAAUUGAAAAACAAUUGUAAUUUUCAUGAUAUUACAAAUUUAAAUUGAAAGAAUUAAAAACAUUUCUUACGGCUCACUUCACUUAAAAUUACGUUUCUAUAGCAACGGGAUAGAGUGGGGAUAAAAGGCCGCUGUUUGUAUAACGUGCUUUUCAAAAGGAUUUUUAUAAUAUUUAAAAAGCAUGAAGAUCGAAGAAGUAAAAAGUACUGCAAAAACUCAAAGAAUUUCGGCUCAUACGCAUAUAAAAGGUUUAGGUCUCGAUGAAAAUGGUGUAGCUAUACAGACUGCAGCAGGUCUCGUUGGUCAAGAAACGGCUCGUGAGGCUGCUGGAAUAGUAGUUGAUAUGAUAAAAUCAAAGAAAAUGGCUGGCAGAGCGGUAUUAUUAGCUGGCCCACCAGGUACUGGAAAAACUGCAAUAGCACUUGCUAUUGCCCAGGAAUUAGGUAAUAAAGUACCAUUCUGCCCUAUGGUGGGUUCAGAAGUAUAUAGUUCUGAGAUAAAAAAGACAGAAGUUCUUAUGGAAAAUUUUAGACGAGCUAUUGGUCUUAGAAUUAAAGAAACUAAAGAAGUAUAUGAAGGAGAAGUUACAGAAUUAACUCCAGUUGAAACAGAAAAUCCAAUGGGUGGAUAUGGAAAAACAGUGUCUCAUGUAGUUAUUGGUUUAAAAACUGCCAAAGGCACAAAGCAAUUAAAAUUGGAUCCUUCCAUAUAUGAGUCUUUGCAAAAGGAAAAAGUAGAAACUGGAGAUGUAAUUUAUAUAGAAGCAAAUAGUGGUGCUGUAAAAAGACAGGGUAGAAGCGAUAAUUUUGCUACAGAGUUUGAUUUGGAGGCAGAGGAAUAUGUUCCUUUACCUAAAGGUGAUGUUCAUAAGAAGAAAGAAGUUAUUCAAGAUGUAACAUUGCACGAUUUAGAUGUUGCUAAUGCUAAACCACAAGGUGGUCAAGAUGUUAUGUCUAUGAUGGGUCAAUUAAUGAAACCUAAGAAGACAGAAAUUACAGAUAAAUUGCGUAAAGAAAUAAAUAAAGUGGUUAAUAAGUAUAUUGAUCAAGGAGUUGCAGAACUAGUUCCAGGUGUCCUAUUCAUUGAUGAAGUACAUAUGUUGGACAUAGAAACAUUUACUUAUCUUCACCGUGCUCUGGAAAGUGCAAUUGCUCCUAUAGUUAUUUUCGCUACAAAUCGCGGACGUUGUGUAAUUAGAGGAACAGAAGACAUUGUAUCACCACAUGGAAUACCUCUUGACCUUUUAGAUAGGUUACUCAUUAUACGAACGCUUCCAUAUUCUAGAGCAGAAAUAGAACAAAUAGUUAAGUUAAGAGCUACAACAGAAGGACUACAAAUCGAAGAUGAAGCUUUGACAACUCUGGGAGAAUUAGGAACAAAAACUACAUUAAGAUAUGUAAUACAAUUAUUAACUCCAGCGGCAUUAACGGCAAAAGUAAACGAGAGAACAAUUAUUAAGAAGGAAGAUAUCGAAGAAGUAGGAUCAUUAUUUUUGGAUGCAAAGUCUUCUGCUAAAAUUCUUACUCAGAAUAAGGACAAAUUUAUGAAGUAAAAAUGUUUAUUUAGGUAUUAUUUAAUAUUAAUACAUUAAUUACUAAUGCGUUCAUUCAAUGUAAUGUAAAUAAGAGGAAGUUGUACAAACGUUGAAUUUGUUAUAAAAACAAGUAUGUAUUUGAAAUAAAACUGAAUUUCUAUACAACAUAAAUAUUAA